AUGGCUAGACUUGACACAUACGAGCGCAGACCUUCCGGCAUGGAUGCUUACCUCUCCAUGUACGGAUGGCAUUUCAGCAAGAGGAUGGCGCAAUUUGCGGCCGAGAAAUUCUGCAACGGCACCGGUAUAGUGGAAACUAAACUACUGGAGACAAUAUGCAAGGAUUUUGAUAUCCAUGAUGCCCGGCUAUGGCGAGAAGGACAUUGCCCGGCUGGUGGAUUGCUGGCUCAAACACAACUACGAGACCAGCGCAUUUACAAACUUCUAUUCCGACUGCAUCGCCAACGGAAUAGCAAUCAUCUGGGAGGAUAUGAUAUGAUCAAGAAACUGAAACUUGGCGACUUUUGCGCCCAUUUCUACAAGGAUCUCUCGCCAGAGGAGCACACGGCCGUUUUCGGUGUGCUCCGUUCCUGGGCCGUAGGUGACGAGGUUUUGCAGAAGUCCAUCGAGAAUGUGAGAACACACAACUGUGGCUCUACCAUCUGCAAUGUAGAGGCAAAGAAAAUCAUAGUGAUGCUGGGUCCUCAGAGCAGCAAGGCAGAACUGCUCAACACCCUCUCGCACGAGAUACGGCACGUGGUGGAUAUUAUCGCCGCCCAUACCGCCCCGGAGGAUCACGUUUCUCCGGCCAGUAUCACUGGCGAGAUCACAUCACAUUUUGCCGAUUGGUUAUAA